AUGAGUAUCAACCACAAGAAAAAAAUAUUUGAAAAUACUACUUCAAAUCCAUUCUAAAAUUCACUUGAAUAUGUAUAAGUUCCAAAAAUUCUUGAGCAAUCAAUCAUAUAGUAGAAUCUGCAAUAAAACAGUCGAUUAAGAAACUCAAAUUAAUUGGAUUUAUCAAAGUAAGUCCUAAAUGAACUUCAGAUUUUAUCACCUAAUGACUUAGAAUAGUUCCUGAUUUUGUUUAGAUAGCCAUAAUAAAUCAACAUGAAAUUAGAAAAUAGUAUGUCUAAUACUUAAUCUGGUUCAUAAUAAUUUUAUGAACAACUUGAAACAGAAGGAGAGAAGUUGAGAUAUAAGUUAAAGUCAGAUGCUCGAAUUGUGUAAUCAAUUAUUGAAAAGCAUACAAAAAUGAGAUCUAAUAAAUAAAGAUGUAUUGAAUAAAUGAAUCAUCUAAUAAAUGAAAUUAAAUAAUCUAAUAAUGUUUCCAAAUAUUCAGAACUCAAUCGAUCAAUAAAGUACAAUUUCAAUUAACUUGAGUCCAUUUAAUUAGAAUUAUAAGAUAUUUAAAAAGAUGCCUCCACUUUUGAAAAGGUAAUGUCAGUUUCUGCCUAAUAAUAAUCAACUUUUCUCUAAUAUAAUCAAGGCAGUAAUUUACUAGAUCAAACUAUCGGACAUUCAUCAAAUGAAACAUCUGAAGCUGAGUUCACAUCUUUAUCUUUAUAAAUAUAUUCCUCAAUUGAAAUGCAUGCCAAAGAAUUAGAGCAAACUAUUUCAGAGAAAAAGAGAUUAAUGUAUAUAAGCGAAAACUAUCUGUAAUAUAAAUAAGCAUGCCAAGGCUUGAUUUAACUGAUCUAAAAGUAUCCUUCAUUUGAACAACAAAAAUCAUAACAAAUGUUAAAGUUAGAGAAAAUUGCUUCAAUCUAUUUUCUCGAUUUCUAAAAAGAGUUGAAUUAAUAGAUUUUACAUUACGCUUAGAAUACUGAAUAAAUUCGAUAGUCUUUGUCUAUUAUUGAAAAGAUGAAAUAUUUAUUGGAAUAAGCAAAGGGUUUGGAUUGCAUAACUGAAUUUUAUUAAUACAUAGAAAAGUAAUUGACUGGAAAGCAACUUAUAAUUACAUCAGAAAACAAUAUAAAAUUAGUAAAAGCUUACUAAAAACAAUUUAAGAUGAUUAAUAUCAAUACAUAUCAAUACUUACACAUUAUGAGAUAUAAGAUUUAUAAUAAAUGUCAACGUGAGUUUGAUUAAUUAUAAAUUGAUAUAAAAAUAGCCUAGAAUUUACAAUCAAUAUUAUUGAACUAAGUUAAAAUAUAUAAAAAUUACAUUUCAUCUAAUUAUUUUCAAUUAUUCAAUGAUGUUUUAGCAAAAUUAAAAUAAGAUUUGAAAUAAGAAACUUGGAUAUAUUUAAUCAAUCUUUAUAAAGAACAAAAUUAGAGGAAAUAAGAUUUAAAAAAUGUUCUUUAAUAUUUAACAAACUUAAAAUAUGAGAAUAAAUAUUUAUCUAGACUUAUUCAAUUAUUUGAAAAACUAAUAAAAAAAGAAUUAGAAAAAAUUCAAGCCUUUUAUCCUUAACUACAUAAAUAUUUAGAAAUUAAGGACUUUAAGGCAUAAAAAGAUUUUGAAAAUUUUUAUUCUCAAUAUUUACAAAGCUAUAAUGAAAUAAAUCCAAAAUAAUUAAGCAUAUUAUCUGAUUUUAAUUUAUACUUGGAAAAUUCAAUUAAUCAAUAGUCAAACGAGUAAUAACAUUAAUAAUUAAAAUCACUUUAAAUCUUUCAACCUAUAAUUAGGUAAUUAAGUAAUAAAACAAUAAGUGGAAAUUUUAAUGCUAUAAAAGUAUAAUUUGAGGGUAUACUUUAAUUUGAAAUUGAUAUUGUUCAACUGCAAUCAUCAAUGAAAUCUAUUCUAUCAAUUAAUUUUAAUCUAAUAUUAGAUGACUUUUUAGAUAUAACAAAAAUUAAUAACAAUAGUGUUUUAUCUUAACUAAUGGAUUUUAUCUAAAAGAAUAUUAAAAUUAUUUCAGAAAUAAAGAGCGAGUCACUUUAUGACAUCAAAGAAUAACAACUUCGUCAAUUACAAUGGAUUUGGAUAUUCUUUGAAUAAUUUGACAAAUUUAGAUCUGCCUUAUCAUAAUUAUUCAAUAACAAUUCAACAAUCUAUUUUUCCUAAUAUUCAUAGUUCUUGACAAAAACCAAUUUUAGUGCUUUAUUCUAUCAGCUAUCUAAAUGCAAUAAAAAAGUGUGUAAUAAAUGGUAUGAUCUCUAAUAGGAAUUAGCUCAAAUAUGUCUUAGAUCUUAUUUAUCCUAUAUAACAAAUCUACUUGAUAAAAUAAUCCUUUUAUAAAUGGAUAUUCCCUUAACUCAAAUUAUAUUAAAUGAAGAAAAUUGUUAAUUAAUUUUAUAAUUUUUAGAAUAGCACAAUACAAGUAAUUUAUAAAGAUUCAUUUGCAAGCAUUAGAUCUACAAAAAUAUUAAGUAAAUGCAAUCAAAUGAAAUAAAUUUUAAUCAGAUCAAGCAAUAUUUUGAACAAUUGCGUUUGGGAAAAAAUGAUGAAGAAUGUCUAGAUCUAAAGUAUAUUGAAAUUGAAUGUUCAGAAUCAUUACAAAAAGAUGUUGAAAUAUUUACAAGUUUACAAGAAGAAUGGAUUUUAGAUCAUUUAGAACAGGGCGAUACAAGUUUUUUACAAGAUUUCAUAAAUUAGGAAGGAAUUUUCAGUUUGAACCUAAUGAAAUAUAAUUAAAAACUACAGAGAUUAGCCAAAUUAUCUAUUGAGCAAAGCAUAAAUUGGAGAAAUAUAAAAAAAAUAUUGAAAUAAGACAGUUGA